AUGCACCAGAAUGAAGCCUUUGACACCGUCCUGUUCCGUCUCGUCUCGUCCCGCUUUUCGUCCCGCUUUAACCCGCUGUUUGGUAGGUAUCGCCAGAUGAUGCUACCUACCUCCAUGUACUUCCGGUGGGCCACCGACCCUGCUUGGCCGGAGUGUGAGACAUCUGUCUGCGCCGAAGACACAGGCCAGCCACCGCACCUACUAUGUGUGGGUCGACAAGCUCAGCUGCAACUGUGCAUCAG